CCACAUCAUUUUCUUUUCCUCUUCUAUUUUUUAUUUUUUUUAUUUUUAUUUUUUUGCGCCUGUGUGCCCGCCACUACGCACCUAGUUAAGUCAGGCAAAUACCAAAAAUACUGGCCCAUUUCCAACUGGGCGAAGCUCUUCAAAAGGACAACACCUCGGCCACACCCGCAGCAACCCGUUGAAUAGCACGCGUGUCGCGUGUGCUCGGCUGGGACAGGAUCGUCGCUACAUCUCUCGGUCUGGUGUGGUGCGACAGACAGCCAUCGAGGCCCAACCUGACAAUGGGCCGCGCAUAGUUCUUUCGCAACUCGUUCGCUUGCCAGGAGAUUAUUGCUGCAGUUUUUGCGGUUUAGGAUCACUCAAGCAACAGUAGAUUGGCUUCGCCCCAUCGUCUUCUGCUCCAUAGCCACGUUCCUCGUUUCAGGGACUGGGAAGAAGGCCACCUUCGAGCCAAAGUUUGAACCGGCGAAUCCGGAACGACAGGACCGGCGACGAUACCCGGUCGAAUGCAACCUUGGGAAUCAUUUGCAUUUAUUACUUGAUUAUUUGUUGUCAUUUUGCGACCUACUUCAAGCAACUUUUUUUUUUUCAACCGGACUCUAUCGGCGGCUUGGUCUGCCCUAUCCAGAUAUUCCGUUUAAUAUUGCCCCUCGUCGCUGUUCCGGCGUGGACCCGAUUACACCAACAUUGCGGCAACUCGCAAGCGAUUUCAAAGCGAAACGAACUGCCGUCACAAGGAAAUAAAGUUGGCGACUUCAGAGCAACUCUCUUAUAGGCAGUGGUCUCACUCGACUUUCACGAACACCUGACAGACCGGCACACCGUCGAGCUUACUAGACUAUCAUUUCCUUCGAUACCCCCUUGUCGAUAGAUUUCAUCAUCAGCACUUGCUACUGUUUACAUUUUUGACAUUUUGUUCGGCAACUAUUUGCAUCUCCAUCUCACGACCGCCAUUACUUCUCCAAGUAUAAGGCUUUAGAAUCACGCAGUUGAACCCUUCUUUCGUGUACUUCAAGGCAGUAUCAAGGCGACUUCUCGAAUUUUGAACUUCCUCCCUCAUCGCAGCAGAAACCUUGCCUGCUCUAUCACUUUUCAGUCAUCACCAUGAGUUCUGGGACUUUGAAGGCAGUUACCCAGCCCAAGCCUGGCCAGGGCCAUCCAGUGGGUGGUCCAAGUAGCCAGGCAAUCUUGUUGGACAAACUCAACCGGCGCGCAACACCAGACUCGGAGGCGCUGGCUAGCUCUGAUGACGACGGCGACCACCGCCAAGACCAAGCUCAACCUGUGGUACAACCUCACAAACCGGUCCGUCGAGCUUCUUGGCUGAAUGACACUAGUCAGGCUGCUAUUCGACCUCGCAAGGACUCGUUUGCGAGCAGCACCAUGUCUCCCACCACAUCUCACCCGAGCACACCGUCCGUAGAGACCGGUGCUGCGACAUGGGGCAAUCUUCCGGGACAGACCGCAAGCCUCAGCCGUGCACACACUGCCGGAGGCUCUACAUUUCCCUGGGGCACGGCUAUAUGGGGCUCUGAGAGGAAAGAGUUGCCGUCCCGGCUAGCAGAGCAUAUUCCUUCACCUACGACGGCCUACCCGCCGGGAACUACUGGUUCUCCCUUCGGAAAUCCCGAGCAUGGCCUGGCCCAAACUUCCCCUGGUCCUAGGGAGCCGGUUGCUAAUUCACAAAUCCCCUUCGCGAUCCCCCUACACCCUACGCCCAAGACCUAUCGAUCUCAGUCGUAUUCUGUAGGUCAGUUGGAUCCGGAUACCCCCACGAACCCGAUGAUGCCCUCCUCUACAAUGGGAAGUCGGACCCGGCAGCUGCCUCACCCUGGCCUACAACACCGUCCUUCCCGUCCCAGUAUGCUUAGCGAGAUGUCGAACGAUGGAAUGCUCGGCAAAGUGAAGGAAGUCGAGGACGACGACGAGAGUAACGAGUCCAUGAGUGGGAGCCAGCAGCAACAGCAGUCAGCCGAAUCCAAAACUAUCGAGUUCUUGACCCGAGAGAAUGCCAUGUUGCGACAACAACAGCAAUACCACAACUCGCGCCUGAGACCCCGGGCUUCCACAGGCUAUGGGCUUGGCAGUAACGGAUACGGCAUGCAAGCAUCCGUACCCGAGGAGUCUGAUUAUGCGAUCGAUGAGCUGGAAGAGGGUCAGGACAACGAAUACGCCAGGAGGGCUUACGGCCGUAGGAUGAGUGAAUUCGGCGUUCCAGGGGGCACUUCUCAGUUCCGAUCACCCUUCUCCGCAGAGAACCGCAAGAUUGAGACCAUGAAAAAGGCAUACUGGCACAGUGCUCUAGGCUUUGGAGGUAUUGGAGACCAGCCACAAAGCCGCAGACAUUCAUUUGCCGAUGUGCCCCAGAGGCAGGCGUCUAUUAGCUCCCUCGGUGAGCACUUGGGACAAGAGGGUCUGUCGCAAGAGCCUCAGUCCGGACUCGACUAUACAUCUCCAUACCCCGAGAACCCGGCGUACCAGUCCCCUUCUACUGCUACGUACUUCACCGGCGGUUCUGGUUUGCAGAUGGCACAGCAAUCCAUGGGCCCAUCGGCUGGUUACCCUAGUCCAUACCCAUACGCAAUGAACGCUGCCAUAUCUCACCGAGCCACAUCGCCACACCGUGCCAUGUAUGGUAUCAGCCAGCCGAAUCGCCUGACGCCUCUGCAUGUGGUUUUGUUCAAGUGCGCCCGAGCCGAUGUCUUCUACAUACAGGAAGGCACCGGGCUCACCGUUAAGGCUGGCGACUUGGUCAUUGUGGAGGCCGACCGAGGAACCGACCUGGGAACGGUUGCAGCAGAGAACGUAGACUGGAAUGAGGCCAAGCGUCUGAAGGAGCACUAUGCCGAGGAGCAGUACAAAUGGCUCAUGAUGUACUCCCAGAACGCCGGAGUUGCUCAAGACGGUGUAGGCGCGGGACUCAUGGCUGCAUCGAAUGGUGGCAGUGCUAUUGGUGGCAUGGGUCCUCCUGGUCAACACCACAUGCAGGAGCCUCCUAGCAGCGGCGAACUGAAGCCGAAGCUCAUCAAGCGACUCGCCCAAGCCCAUGAGAUUCAGAAUCUACGGGACAAAGAAGGCAACGAAGCCAAAGCCAAGAGAGUCUGCAUGCAGAAGGUUAAGGAGCAUGGUUUGAACAUGGAGAUUCUUGAUGCCGAGUUCCAGGUAGAUUGGAAAAAGCUGACCUUUUACUAUUUUGCCGACUCGUACAUCAACUUCAACUCACUCGUCACAGAUCUCUUCAAGAUCUACAAGACCCGCAUUUGGAUGUCGGCCAUCAACCCAGCUUCAUUUGCAACUCCGCUCGGUUUGCAAGCACCCAGCGGCGUUGGUCCGGGAGCUGUUGGGCUUGGCCGCGGUGGUGGCGUUGCCGGCUCUGAUCGUCGCCAGCAUGCACAAUCCGAGCCGGCUCAGAGUGCCCGUAGUUUCCAGCAACAAGCGGCAACUUUUACACAGCCUUUUUCGACCGAAAGGGUAGCGCCACCGUCUGCCACUACAUUCGCACCUCCUACCUACUUUCCGGCCUACGCGGGUUUCCCUGGUUCUGGUCGCGCUCCAGGGUCCAUGCCAUACGGGAAUACGGGCAUGGUCCCAAGUGCUGACGCGUACACUGCCGCUGGGUUUUCGCAAGGUGGCAUUGACUACCGUGCUCGCAUGGCUACCCCACAAGCUUCCGGGCCGGGCCCACAUGAGGAGGCACUGUCGCCUCUCUCUGUGCCAGCGGACAUCGCUAGUCCUUUUCAAAGCUUGUCCCUCAACUCCCGUUGAGUAUCCUGGCUGAAGCUUCAACUCACAUCUAAACACGAUCGCUUGGACUUAUAUAUCUUAUCCUCCACUCGAUCAACCCGUGUCUUUACCAAGCAUUUGCAUAUUCUACUCUAUUUUUUCUAUCAGCUACGACUAUCAAUGAGCAUAGAGGGUUUCACUCGUUCAGUCAGACUGCAGACAAGACGGCGGUUGUAACCCACAAAAAAAAAGUUACGUUUAUUCACGAGUUCAAUACUGGGUUUCCACGGAUGACAGACAGAUUUCUCAUCCCAUCAGGCUCUUAUAUGGCGUUGAAACGUUUGCUUUUACCUUCUUUCUUAGGUCCAUUAUCAUUGGCCAAGGACGUGCACAGUUCGGCGUCGUUUGUAUUUCGGGUUAACAUCCUGAGAUAUUAGACGGGAGCUGCUGCUGCCAGGGUUAAGGUUGGCUUUUUGUCGACCCUUUUUUUGCCUUGAGUGCGUUGAUUUUAUGUGCCUCUACUGUUUUUUUUUUUUUUGUGUGUUUGGGACAAACUUGCGAGAUGGAAUUGGACUUUGGA